UUAUAAGUUCGAUGUUGAACUCGCCAAAAUGGCUGGUGAUGAUACGAGUAUUGUGUCUGUGACAAAGACAGAAGGUCGGCAGAAACUUGAGCGAUGGUUGAAUAAAAGCAUGAAAAUUAAGAUGACAGAUGGAAGAACUCUAAUAGGCGUGUUUCUGUGCACUGAUCGUGACAGGAAUGUCAUCCUUGGGUCAUGUGAGGAGUAUCUUCGUUCCCCAGAUGAUGAUGAUAGCCGAGAGGAGCCAAGGAUUCUGGGAUUGGCGAUGGUGCCGGGACAUCACAUUAUCAGCAUUCAUGUGGACGAGGAUCAUUGUGUGAUGUGAACUCAGUCUCUCCUACAAACUCUAUCAAUCAUAAGAGGUCCCUCUACCAUAGGAAUCAGGGUGGAGGGAUGGGUCUACUGGUGCAAUCAGUAUCAAUAGGAAUUGUUUUGUGACAGAGUUUUCUUGUCUCCAAGGGGCCGGUCAUUUGAUAUUCUAGUCGGGGCUUUUGAAUUAUGUUUCAGACAGAUUAUGUUCCCAGUAUUUUCCUGGAACAGUUUAUUUUUGUAAAACAUGCAGUCGACCCGUCAUCGACUGACCGCCUGAUCCAUCACCUCUUAUGACAAGCACAGGUUGCUGGGGACCUAUCUUCUUACCCGGAGGGGGCACGGGUGGCCCAGUCGUCUAAGGCGCCUUGAUUCGCUGUGCAGAGUUGCGUCCCUUGAACACGCCAGAAACCUAUGAUUGUGGGUUCGAAUCCCAGUUCGCCCCGAUUAUGUUUCUAGGUUUGUCAGCACCAUACCCGUGCUUGUGGGUUUCACUGAAGUGGUAAACGUCUGAGACCUGCAUCACUUCGGGCUUUCCUCCGAAAUUAAGCUGACACGCCGUGAUAUAACUGGAAUACUGUUAAAAGCGGCGUUAAACCCAACUCACCCACUCACUCUUACCCGGAAUCACCACAGGCAGGGGUGGAAACUAACACUUGUGUUUAGACAAGGCUAUUAGAAAUUACUUUGGGCUAAUAAAAUUAUGACUCUGCUCGCCCGUAGAUGUCCGUUUUUUUACCCAUGGUGUUGAUUAUCUAUUCCCUGUCAAAUGGCUGCCCUUGACAUUAGGCACAACGUUUCGAGUGUUUAUCAUAAUGAUUAAUAUACGCAAAUACCGAUCAACAAUGGUUGUAUUGGAAUGUAGACCAGAGACAUGCAUCGUAAUUUAUUAUGUAAAUUUCCGAGUCCACACGAUCUUUAAGAACCAGUAACCUUUUGCAGGUAAAAAAUCCCCUUAGCCCUGUGGGCUUGUUUGCUUUUUUGAGUUAUUGCCCAUCCCUGAAUGGGUACCUUCAACAGACCAGUAAAUGUUGGUUACACCACUGACGGGCGGUCGGGUAGCCCAGUGGUUAAAGCGUUCACUCGUCACGCCGAAGACCCGGGUUCGAUUCCCGACAUGGUACAAUGUGUGAAGCCCAUUUCUGGUGUCCCCUGCCGUGAUAUUGCUGGAAUAUUGCUAAAAGCGGCGUAAAACCAUACUCACUCACUACACCACUGACAUGCCCAGCUGAAGACCCAGGUUCAGUUCCACUCAUGGGUACAUGGGUUCUUGGUGUCCCCUGCCGUUUAGUGGCUGGGAUUCUGCCGAAAGAAGUUCAGUGAUGAUAACCCACGCAGGUUUAGUCUUUGUUCAUCAUCCACACUGUAAUAACAUACCCUUGUACAUUUACAACAUUCAUUCUCAUGAUUUUUUAUGCCUUGAAUAAUAAUGUGCAAAUAAACUUGUACAUGAAAAAGU